GCGGGCUGCGGAUGGCGGCGGCCCGGGCUCCGGCGAGGGGCGGGGCGAGGCGGCGAGGGGGCCGGCGGGAGGCGGAGGCCGGCCGGGCGGCUGGAGGGAGGUGGCGGGGACAGUGUGUGGCGCUCGGAACAUGGCGGGCGUCUGCGACGCGGCCGCCCCGGGAGGAGGCGGCGGUGGCGGCGCGGACGGCGCCGAGCGGACGGGCCGCGGCGACGGGGAGCAGCCGGGCGGCGGCGGCCACGGGCCCGCGCCUCAGCACACCGAGACGCUGGGCUUCUACGAGAGCGACCGGCGGCGGGAGAAGCGCCGCGGCCGCGCAGAGCUUUCAUUAUUGAGGUUCCUCAGUGCUGAAUUAACAAGAGGUUACUUCCUCGAACAUAACGAGGCCAAGUAUACAGAACGAAGAGAAAGAGUGUACACUUGUAUGCGAAUACCAAGAGAACUGGAAAAGCUCAUGUGUUUUGGAAUUUUCCUGUGCCUCGAUGCCUUCCUGUACGUGCUCACCCUGCUUCCCUUAAGGGUCUUGCUGGCGCUGUUCAGGCUCUUCACUCUCCCUUGCUAUGGCUUACGGGACAGACGUUUGCUUCAGCCUGCACAGGUGUGUGACAUUUUGAAGGGUGUCAUUUUGGUAAUCUGCUAUUUCAUGAUGCACUAUGUUGACUACUCCAUGAUGUACCACCUGAUAAGAGGGCAGUCUGUCAUCAAGCUUUAUAUCAUCUACAACAUGCUAGAGGUUGCCGAUCGUCUGUUCUCCUCAUUUGGGCAAGAUAUCUUAGAUGCUCUCUACUGGACAGCCACAGAGCCUAAAGAAAGAAAAAGAGCACACAUCGGAGUAAUUCCUCACUUCUUCAUGGCUGUUCUCUAUGUCUUUCUGCAUGCUAUUCUCAUCAUGGUUCAGGCGACGACUCUCAAUGUAGCUUUUAACUCUCACAACAAGUCACUGCUCACCAUCAUGAUGUCUAAUAAUUUUGUUGAAAUUAAAGGAAGUGUUUUCAAGAAGUUUGAAAAGAACAAUCUCUUUCAGAUGUCAAAUAGUGAUAUUAAGGAACGAUUCACAAAUUAUGUGCUUUUGCUAAUAGUGUGCUUAAGAAACAUGGAACAGUUUUCUUGGAAUCCAGAUCAUCUAUGGGUGUUAUUUCCUGAUGUCUGUAUGGUGAUUGCAUCAGAAAUUGCUGUGGAUAUUGUAAAGCACGCCUUUAUCACCAAAUUCAAUGACAUCACUGCAGAUGUCUACAGUGAAUAUAGAGCCAGCCUUGCUUUUGACCUUGUUAGCAGCCGGCAGAAAAAUGCAUAUACAGACUACAGUGAUUCAGUAGCACGGAGAAUGGGAUUUAUUCCUCUCCCCCUAGCUGUCUUACUCAUCAGAGUUGUAACAAGCUCAAUUAAAGUGCAAGGAAUCCUGUCCUAUGCCUGUGUCACGCUCUUCUAUUUUGGGUUGAUCUCCCUGAAAAUACUUAACAGCAUUGUGCUGUUGGGGAAGUCAUGUCAAUAUGUGAAGGAAGCCAAAAUGGAAGAAAAGCUAUUUAAUCCUCCCCCAGCCAGCACUCCUGGAAAACCGUCCAGUAAAUCCCAGAGCAAGUGCAAGUCCUCUCAAGGCCUUUCCACGGAAGAAAACCUAUCCGCUUCUGUCACCAGCCAGCCUGUUCAUCAGAAAGAAAACAUCAUACCCUUACUUGUGACCAGCAAUUCUGAUCAGUUUCUGACAACCCCAGAUGGUGAUGAGAAGGACAUAACACAGGAAAAUUCUGAAUUAAAACACAGAUCCUCAAAGAAAGACUUGCUAGAGAUAGACAGGUUCACAAUUUGUGGGAACCGGAUUGACUGAGUUUGUGGCUAAUGAGGUGAAGAUGCCGGGCCCUGAGGCCACAAGUGCUGGGCGCCAGGACACAUUUGCUAAAAAUGGCACUUAAAUAUUUAUUUAAAAACUUAAAUUAUUAAUGGCAAGCAAAUCUUAGUAUCUUUCUUCCAGUAACGUGGCCUGGCAGAAGGGCAGAUCACAGAAUAGUGCCGGCCUCUGGCUUUGACUCUGGGACACUGAUGGACGCUAAACACUUCCUCCUGCUUGGCCAGCAGCAGCGCCACUUCCAGCACCCAGCCAGAGCACUGCAAGAGUUCCUUUGCUUUGUCAUCCUGGGCUUCCAGAGUGUCAGGUUUUCCUCGAGGCCUCUUCAGUAUAAGGACAUACCUGGGAAACUGUGAAGCUUUACAAUGAGUCAUCUUUCCAGUCUCAUACUAUUUUCGCAAACUUUCCAAACUUGACUCCAUCUGCCAAAGCACUAAAAAAAUUAUGAAAUAUAAGUCCAGAUAAAUGUUCUUACCACCAGUCAUCCUUGGCAAUACAUCUGAACUAAUCGGAAUAAAAGGCUACUUAAAUACAGCAAAAUGAAUAGCAGCAUCUAAUAGGAAACACUGAGCUCUCAGUCCAUUCAUUUACUUCAUGAAGGUCAUGCAUCACUGGGAAAUGCCUCCUACUGUCUCAGUUACUGUGAGAGCAGAGAGUGAGCUGUGUGACACUGUGGCAGUGACACAGUAAAAGGCACAGAGCAAUGUUAACUUUCAGGUGUAGUUACCUGGUUUCGCUUUAAAGCUAAUUGCUUCAUCACUUAUUACAAGUUAACUUUGGUGAUGAAUUGGCUGAAAAGCUGUUGGUGUACAAAUUCAAUUGCUGUUGCUAUUAACAGGCUAGUUUAUUGGUUUUUGUUUUGUUUUGAGUAACAGUUUUAAAGUAUUCCCAGUGGAUUGAGCAGCAUCACCUUGCUGGGCUUGUAGAAUGCAUUUGUCCUUCCAUGGGUCUGUGUUCUGUGUGGGGAGGGGACAGUGGGUGCCUGUGCUGGGAGAGACCAUCACAUGACUGUAAAUGGUGUGUUUGGGACAGGAGAGGGUACUACAGUGUGGGCACUGUAAAUAGCAACCAAAAGGUGCUUUGGGGUUAUUGUUUGAGAUAAAAAUGUUGUUCCUGCUUCAUUGCUAGUUGUUGGCAUCCAAGAACAAGUUCUCACCCCCUAUUUUUAGCUUGAGAAUCUUUUCUACAUUUCUCUUAAAAAGAAAAUUGACUGUUUCUGAUCUAAACUGUCCAGAAGAUGGUACUAACUUCGUUUCCUGUGCUGUCUCCUGAAACUCAGCUCUCACGCAAACUUUUCUGGCGCAGAUGGCGAUGGUUUGCUUGUGUCCUGGAUAAAUAUAAAACUAGUUUUGAUGCUUUGGCUUAUGUAUUUGAGAUACAGGAGGGUUUCUAAUGUUUUGCACUAACAGAAUCUAAAGAUAACUGUUGGAAAUACUAUACAUGCCUUGUAAAACCAGGAAGCAGUUUUAGUUUAAAAUGAACGUUUUUAUUCUUUUGUGUAUAUUUUAGUGGGGCCCCACUUUUAAACUAUUCUUUUUACCAUCAAGAAAGUGUCCAUGGCAACUAGGGGCAGUGUGGAGAAACCUUUGCCAAAUGCAGCCCUCAUCAGAACAAGAACAUGGCCUACAUGUAUCUUUCGGUUCCGCUUGAAUUUUCUGUUUCUGCAUUGUUUUCUGAAGAUUGCAUUUCCUUUGCAGAUGCUCUUGGGAGUGUGGAUGAUACUCACUUCUUCUGUCAUAAUGGCAUUCAGUACUAAUUUUAUAAGUGCAUCUUGUGUGAAACUCAAUAAAUUCAAUUUUAUAAUCUUUUUUAAAAA